GGGGAGGGGGACGUCCUCCGCAGUUCGCUGUUCGCUGGGGCUCUCAGACACACACCGAGAGCUGAGGAGCCGCCGCAGCCGCCGCCACCGCCAGGAGCCUGCCGGGCCCGCCUGCCUUCCUCCGCCUGCUGCCGCCGCCACCUCCUUCUGCCCCGGGAGCCACCUCCUCCUCUCCGCCUCCCACUGGCCCCUCUCUGCUGCCCAGCUCCUCGGCGCUCCUCUCCCAGGCUCCCGGGCGCUAAGCUCUGCCGCGCUGCCUCGGGCUCUCGGACCCCCGGCUCGGGGUUGCUGGCCGGGCUGAGCGGGCUGAGCGGGCGGGCUCCCGGGGUUCUCCGGGCGCCUCCUCCCCCAGUCCCUUCCCGGCCCUCCCCGGCUCCCCUCCUUCCCGAUCGGCCCCCUCCCCCCAACCCUGGGUCUCGCCCCGAGCCCGGGCUGAUGUGCAGCGCGCGAGGGGGGACAUGGAAGUGUUGACGCUGUGGCUUCUCCCCUGGAUAUUUCAGUGCGUUUCGGUGCGGGCGGACUCCAUCAUCCACAUCGGUGCCAUAUUUGAGGAGAAUGCAGCUAAGGAUGAUGAGGUUUUCCAACUGGCUGUGUCAGACCUCAGCCUCAAUGAUGACAUUUUGCAGAGUGAGAAGAUCACCUACUCCAUCAAGUUCAUAGAGGCCAACAACCCCUUCCAGGCAGUGCAGGAAGCCUGUGACCUGAUGACACAGGGUAUCCUGGCCUUAGUUACAUCCACAGGCUGUGCAUCUGCCAAUGCCCUGCAGUCCCUCACAGACGCCAUGCACAUCCCGCACCUCUUCGUCCAGCGGAACCCUGGAGGCUCUCCCAGAACAGCAUGCCACCUGAAUCCCAGCCCGGAAGGGGAGGAAUACACACUGGCCUCACGUCCACCUGUUCGCCUCAAUGAUGUGAUGCUCAAGCUGGUCACAGAGCUACGGUGGCAGAAAUUCAUUGUGUUCUAUGACAGUGAUUAUGAUAUCCGUGGAUUGCAGAGCUUUCUGGACCAAGCCUCCAGAUUGGGGCUGGACGUAUCUUUACAAAAGGUGGAUAGAAACAUCAGCCGAGUAUUUACCAGCCUCUUUACCACCAUGAAGACUGAGGAACUAAAUCGCUACCGGGAUACAUUACGUCGGGCAAUUUUGCUGCUUAGUCCUCAUGGAGCCCAGACAUUCAUCAACGAGGCAGUGGAAACCAACCUGGCUUCGAAGGACAGCCAUUGGGUAUUUGUUAAUGAGGAAAUCAGUGACCCAGAAAUACUGGAACUUGUGCACAGUGCACUGGGAAGAAUGACUGUGGUCCGUCAGAUCUUCCCAUCAGCAAAGGAUAAUCAGAAGUGCACGAGGAACAACCAUCGAAUAUCCUCAUUGCUCUGUGAUCCACAGGAAGGCUAUCUCCAGAUGUUGCAGGUAUCUAAUCUCUACCUGUACGACAGUGUGUUGAUGCUGGCAAAUGCCUUCCACCGAAAGCUUGAAGACAGGAAGUGGCACAGCAUGGCAAGCCUGAAUUGCAUGAGGAAGUCCACCAAACCUUGGAAUGGCGGCCGAUCCAUGCUGGACACUAUCAAGAAGGGCCACAUCACUGGGCUCACAGGGGUGAUGGAGUUCCGAGAAGACAGCUCCAAUCCCUACGUCCAGUUUGAAAUUCUCGGCACCACUUAUAGUGAGACCUUUGGCAAAGACAUGCGCAAGCUGGCAACUUGGGACUCGGAGAAAGGUCUGAAUGGCAGCCUUCAGGAGAGGCACACAGGGAGCCACCUCCAUGGACUGACACUCAAAGUGGUGACUGUCUUGGAAGAACCUUUUGUGAUGGUGGCAGAGAAUAUCCUUGGGCAGCCCAAACGCUACAAAGGCUUCUCCAUUGAUGUCUUGGAUGCCUUGGCCAAAACUCUUGGAUUUAAGUAUGAGAUUUAUCAAGCUCCUGAUGGCAAAUAUGGUCACCAGCUCCAUAACACUUCCUGGAAUGGAAUGAUAGGGGAACUCAUUAAUAAGAAAGCAGACAUGGCGAUCUCAGCCAUCACUAUCACACCAGAGCGGGAGAGUGUCGUAGACUUCAGCAAACGGUACAUGGAUUACUCAGUGGGGAUUCUUAUCAAGAAGCCAGAAGAAAAAAUCAACAUUUUCUCCCUCUUUGCUCCUUUUGACUUCGCUGUUUGGGCCUGCAUUGCAGCAGCCAUCCCCGUGGUUGGUGUCUUGAUAUUUGUAUUGAACCGGAUACAGGCCGUCAGAUUGCAGAACUCUUCACAAUCUAGUCCAUCAGCAUCCUCCACCCUUCACAGUGCCAUAUGGAUUGUCUAUGGAGCCUUUGUACAGCAAGGGGGAGAAUCACCUACAAACUCCAUGGCCAUGCGCAUUGUAAUGGGGAGCUGGUGGCUUUUCACCUUAAUUGUCUGUUCAUCUUAUACGGCAAAUCUUGCUGCCUUCCUUACAGUGUCACGGAUGGAUAAUCCCAUAAGAACAUUUCAGGAUCUAUCCAAACAGAUGGAUAUCUCUUAUGGCACAGUCAGAGAUUCAGCUGUAUAUGAAUACUUUAGAGCCAAGGGGACCAAUCCCUUGGAACAGGACAGCACAUUUGCUGAGCUUUGGAAGACCAUCAGCAAGAACAAUGGGGCUGAUAACUGUGUCUCCAACCCUUCUGAAGGCAUCAGGAAGGCAAAGAAAGGAAAUUAUGCCUUUUUGUGGGAUGUUGCAGUGGUGGAAUAUGCAGCCCUGACAGAUGAUGACUGCUCAGUGACCGUCAUUGGCAACAGUAUCAGCAGUAAGGGCUAUGGCAUAGCUCUUCAGCAUGGCAGCCCCUAUCGGGACCUUUUUUCCCAGAGGAUCCUGGAGCUACAGGAUACUGGUGAUUUGGACGUUCUUAAACAAAAAUGGUGGCCAAGAAUGGGUCGCUGUGACCUGAAUAGCCACACCAGUGCUCAGACAGAUGGCAAGUCCCUGAAACUACACAGUUUUGCUGGCGUGUUCUGCAUCCUUGCUGUGGGCCUUCUCCUUGCAUGCCUUGUGGCAGCCCUGGAGCUAUGGUGGAACAGCAACCGCUGCCAUCAGGAAACACCAAAAGAGAGCAGAUGCAGUGUGGGCAGCACGAGGGCGUCCUUACCCACUCUGCCUCACCAAUGUGCUUCUACCCUGACCUGGAGAGACCAGCUCUAGGGGUAAGAGUAGCCCAGAAUCCAUGCCCACCUGCCCCUUGGCCAUCUAUCUUAAGUAACAGUAUGGGGAAACUGUGCUGGGUUUCUUCUGAGGGUUAUGAGCUAUUUCCCAUCAACUCCCCACCAACUAUGGUCAAUACAGACAUAGACAUAUGAUUCAGAUUCAUUAUGGUCAAGAACAAAAUUGGCCUUAGGUGACAUUCAAGACAUUAAUUAAAGUGGCCUUUUCCCUAGGAGAUGGCAUACCAGAGACUGCUCAUAUUAUUGAUCUGCUGCAUCUCCCCCAAACAUGACCCCAAAUAAACUGUUUUCUGGAAAAAAGCCCUUCUGAGUGUUUCCCCUAGAAAACUCUCUCUGAAGGAAGGCAAUGGGUAUUGAAAUUUUGGGGUUUCUUCCACCAAGAAAUUAAAUUCAUUCUUGAAACAUUCUUGCAUAAAACCAGGAUCUAUUUGCAUCAAUUAAAAUGCUUAACAAGCUAACCUCUGGUAAUUUGGGAAAUAUGGAGACACUUGCAAGAUUCCUUCAGUUCAAACAGAUGUUAAUUCCAGACAAGUAGCAGCAACACAGCUGGAAAAGAGUGAAAAUGAGAAUCUAUCAAUUCAAAUCUCAGGGAGUUUUUUGAAGAUGGGGGGUGAAGAGGUUGUAGCAAAUAAAGUAUCUCAAGUCUGGGAAUCUGGUGCCAACAGAUGCAGAACUGAGGUCUUUAGGUUG